CGCAAUUGAAUAUUCGUUAAUCUGAGCAUAUUCUUAGAAAUGUCACGCAGUUUUACGAUAAUUCUUCUAUUCUCAAUGAUAUUAUCUCUGGGGCAUUGUACGCCAGUGUUGUUUUGGAAUGCUGAGGUCACUCCCAGAUCAGUGUUUCCUAGAAUAAAGUACCCGGAAUUCCAUGAAGAAAUAAAAAAAAUACUUGAAGAUAAAAUGCUCGUUGCCUUCACAUACUAUAAGUUAUCGCUAAAACAUUUCCGUUGCGAGGAUUGUUUCACGUAUCUGAGCCAGCAAUCGCCUGCGUUUUUCUACGCCAAUGUGGAGAGAGCCGAUGAAGCUCUUCAAUCAUUAGAUCCCGUAGGCGAUUAUAGCAUGCCACCCGAUGGGAGGUUCGAGGCUCCAAUAGUGUGUGAAGCUGGCAAAUUGUAUAUGAUUUCGUUAGAUUCAUUUAGAGGAGAGGCUUCUCCAAUGCGAACUUGCGAUAAGGCAAUUAGAUCGGUAACAGCUUCAAUAGAAUGUGAAGAGAUUGCCUAUGCUUUCUUAGGAACCCAUGAAGAAUCAAGUGAACUAAGCGGCACCCUGUUCCAAGCCAACAUGAUUUCGUUUUAUUUCACUCAACUCGCACUUCGAGACACAGAUGGCUUACAUGAAAUUGAAAUACAGAAUAUGAAUGUAACAGGCGAAGACCCUAGGCUAAGAGUUGAACUUCAAACAAAUGAUUCAAGAUUAGCAUUGCGAUUCAAUUUAUUCCUUAGCAAUGGAUAUUUCGAGAUACACUCAUUCAAAUAUAACGAUACUAUUUAUUACGUUUCUGAUCUUAAUGCACCACAAACUCAUUCAUUUUCAUGUGGAAAAAUAACACUAGAAAAUGAGAAGAAAAAGCUUAUACUUAGCAGAAUACAAAUUCAAUAUGAUAGUGAACUUCAUUCUGAGCGUACUGUGGACUUUAAAUUUAAGGACGCCUGGACUUGUGAAGGAUUCGUCUCGCCUGCAAUAAUAUCAGGACUUUUUAUUACUGCAAUUCUCUUAGCUAUUUUGUCAGUGGGUAUUAGUAUGUUGCUGAGCGUGCAGUCACCAACCGCAUUUGAAACGGAGGGAGGACCUAUGUUACAAAUCAAUGUAGUAAACGAGUGAAAGGAGCUUAAAAACUGUAUUUCUAUGUACGUACCUAUGUGUGUGAAUAGUUUACUUGAA